GCCAUGCGGCCGGGGGCCAUGGACCCGGCUCUACCCAGCGCCCCGGCCCAGGCGCAGUCACCGCCGCCCGAGCCGUGGCCGGCGACGAGCUCCGAGGAGGAGCUCUACGACUGCCUGGAUUACUACUACCUGCGGGACUUCCCAGCCUGCGGGGCUGGGCGCAGCAAAGGCCGGACGCGCCGCGAGCGGGAGCUGCGCACCAACUGGCCGGUGGCUGGCGGCCACGAGCGCAAGAUCGCGCAGACCCUGCUCAAUAGCCAGCGCAAGCGUCGCCAGCGCCAGCUGCAGCCCCGGCCGCGCACUCGGCUCGCCUGAGUGCCGGAUACCCGAAGGACCUGAUAAAAGUAUUUUCUCUGACGCCAGCCGGAACUGUGGUCCAAGGGGGAGAGAAUCCAUGUUGGUCAACAGAACUUUCCGACGGCGCUUAAGUUGACUGCUUCAGUAUCUUUUCCUUACUGAUUGUUAAUUAAGUAGCAUCCAAGGGGAUAUGCCCUUUUAGGGUUUUUAAUUAAAAGAGAGCAGUAAGAAUGGCAUUUUAAACCUCUGGGUUUGAUUUCUCAG